CGCGAGGCGCCCUUAUACCGGGAGGGCCAAAGGGGGGAGAGGCAAUCCACGAUAUUUGGAUUAAGUUAAGCGAUCCGCAAAUAUGCAGGGAGCAAAAUCGAUCGCGAGAGCAAAACCGGAAGAGAGAAAAUGGCGAGAAUCUUCUUGAGGAAUUCCGCGAGCCUCGCGCGGGACCUCUCGCUCGUUGUGAGUCGCGGAUGGGGAAAUCUGGGGUGAAAUUCCGUCGGUAACGGAUCCCGUCAUGUCGACCGAUUUCGUCGAACGUUUCCGCUUCAAGAUAAAAGAGUUUCAGGAAGGAAUGACGCGUUUCGCGCUCUCCGCGCGCGAUAUCUCGCUCCGAGGAAAUGAGAACCGGCUUGAGAGUUCUGUCAGUCUUGCCGAUAAGUGGGUUAUGCGAGGGGGGAUUUGUUAAGUCACCGGCAGGUUCGUGACAAUUUCCGUGCUCCGAUUCUCGAUGACAAUCGAUCGACCUGUCUAUGCAUCAAUUCGAAAAGCAUCGGACAACUUCACGGGAGUUACGCGUUCACUGCAAACGGUCGAGCUUUUCUCUGACGUGAAGUUGGGCGCGGGUGCCAGUUCAUCGGCCGACAUGCUUGCUUAUCGAUCAGAGUUCCGCCGCGUGCGAUACCGCUCGCUCUCCUUUAAGCCUUACCGACAAUCUCGCGGGUUGCACGAACCGACCGCAUGGUCGGUCGCGUAAAAAUGUUAUUAAUAGUAAUACGUGCACGCGUUUCGACGAGAUCGUAUCUCGUUUCCCAGCGGCGCCAGCGAUAUUUCGUAAAAAGCGAAAUACGAAGUAAUAAGCGUUCAGGGUUUCAUAGUGAGAUUAAUUACGCUCUAAAUAUUUAUAAUACUCGUUACGCUUUUGAUAUUCAUUCGACGUAUGUUUCCGCUCGACGAAGCAAUGCACGAUCGAAUUCUUAUAUGUAAUCGAACGAUCGAAUUGUGAUCGCUGAAUUAACGUGUUUUCAUUUUGAGAAAUAAAGCGAUGUGGAGAAGAGAAGUAUCCCGCUUCGCGAAUUUGUAGAAUGUAGGUUGCAGACUUCUCUUCAUAACGUUCCAUUUGACGUAAUUUUAUUACACAUCGCGCGCUUGGUUCACGAUCCUCCCGUGUCCUUCUUUUUCCUUAUCACCAGCUGCGACGGUUUACGCGGCCGCUAAUUAAUACGACACAAAGAGAAUUCUUGAGGCGCAUUUUACAGUUUCGCGUUGCAACGUAAUUAUGCGAAAAAUACGUGACCGGCGAGGAACGCGCCGCCAGGCACACACGAAAGGCACACACAAAGAAACGUCAGCGGAACUCGUCGGCGACCGUUUAUAGAUUAUUUCAUUGGAAUGUCCCCCCUCCCUCCUUCCUUCUUCCUACAAGAGUAUGAUAAGCGUUUAUACCAUGACAAUGACAUGCGAUAGUCGCUUGGAAAUCGGAGGUUCAUAAGAAACCUCUCGCGUUUCAGUCAUCUGAGAUUAUCUUUCUUCCGGUGUCCGAUAUCGAUAACGGAGCAUGCUCAAAAUAUUAUCUGCCAUUGUGUUCGCCAUUGUGUUAUCAGUUAUCACGCUCGUCGUGAUGAUUUCUCUUUGCAUUUGGUGUAUCGCGAAUCGGUAUAUCGACAGCGAACGCAAGCGAUCCAUCCAAUACUCGAACUCGCGCGAGUUCAUCGCGUCAAUCGUUCGCGCGAUCAUGCAACAGUCAUCGGAUCAUGCAAAUCGCCGUAGAUAUGGUGUACGGCAUGCGCUCCCGUUGCCGGUAUCCAGUAUCGCGCUGCGAUCUAUCGCACGAUCUCGCCGCAGCAGCGGCGGCGGCUCACGCGAUAACGCGCGGGAUCCUGUCUUGUCUGCCAGUCUCAUCCGAGACGCCGGCGACUUGUGAUCGUCGGCGACCUUGGCACGAUAAUGACUGUUUGACGUCUCGCGCCGCCCGCCAGAUAACGAGGAUGUGUUUGCAUUUUGAUUAAUCGAUGCGCGGAAGUUGACAUACUCCCCCCUUCGUCCCUCCCUCCCCCCCUGUUGGCCGGCCGGUCGAGAUAUGCACCGCCUUCUAUAUUUAAUCCGCGUAAAUGUCGUUAUACACGCAGGACCAAUUAAAACGAGCGAGAGGGCAAUCGAAAACUAAAACUUCUCGCGCUUGUUGGUCUCUCUUCUUCUGGACGAUCGGACACUACGAAGAUAGCGAGAGAUCUCGCAAAAAAGACCUCCCGCGAAGUGGCAAUUGCGUCUCAAUGUGACGAUAUGCAUUGUUUGCGUUGCACAAUCUCGUACGAUCAAAUGACGCGCGACUCUUUUAUGCUCUUAACACGCGCGACCUUUCUACUCUUGAUGCAUGCACUCGUGAUGACGUCAAGCGGCCCUUAUCCGCGGGUUGCCCCGCGAGUUUAUCCGAAAACGUUUGAUUAACCGAACACGACCACGAGAACGUCACGGAAAGUUUUUUCUCGCACAACCCGAAAGAGUUGGAUUCUUCCUCGUGUUAACAAUUUAAGUACUAAAAAUUAUCGGCGUGUGUCUGAUAAUUCAUCUGUAAAUUCUUCCGUCAAAUCCUCAUCGUAAGUUGUCCAUUAUAAUAGUAUCAUUUUAUUAUUUCCAUUUUUUAAAGCACAUCAUUUUUUAUUUUUUUUAUUGAUACAUACGAUAUUAAUUAUUUUAUUCUCUUAACCCUUAUUACCCUAAGAUAUUAAGACAUCUCAAAAUGUUCCAAGAUAAUUUUCUUGUUGUUGAAUUCUUCCAUUAUCAAAGACAGGUUUCGACGCGAUUAGCCACGAGCAUUACGCGUCGCGGGACACCCGGUAUAUAUUCGUCUCCUAUCUUCUUGGCGUUCUCUUCCAUAAUGAUUAUGGCUAAUUUGAUGCGCAACGCAUUUUAUUUUGUUUCGUCUGAAAAGAUUAAUACUGGCGCGUUUUAAAGUUCUCUCCUUUAUCCCUCUCUCCUCGUUAGACCUCUCUUCGUUACACGCAGUAACCUAAAUAUAGCAAAGCCACGCGGAAUCGUUAUCUAACGACGCGAAUGACGGUGCUUACGCUUAUACGCAAUCUUACUUGUACUUGUCCGCGAUAACUGUUCUUUUUAUUUCUUUCUCUUUUUUUUUGUCACGUACUGCUCGACAAGCGUUAACGCGGGAGUACGCAGUAAAAUCUAACGAUUCACCUCUCUCUAUUUCUGCAUCUUUCUCUCUUCGUUCUUCCUCCUAAUCGCGCGCUAUCGACUGCUCAAAGCUCACGUAUCGUUUUGCGUCAAACUGCAUGACGAAGCUGAUUGCCGCAUGAAAAGUACGCGACGAUAUCCGACAGAAAUAGGACGCGAGGUAUUUUCACAAAUGAAUCGUCUAAAUACAAUACAAGUCCUGAAAUUGAAGGCUAAAUUGCGUUCAAUUCGAUCAAUUAAAGAAUAAUUAAAGGUAUUUUUAGUUUAUAAUUAGUUUGGGAGGAUUAUUCGAAUCUGUCCCUUAAUCGCAGAAAUUGGAAUUAUUUUUUUAUUUAUUGAAUUAUUUAUGAUCGGCUUUUGCAAAGAGGAAGAUCAUUUUUGGCAAUGACGAAUCAAUGAUAUUACGUGAACAAGUGAGUCUACAAAUCACGCGCAAGUUCUAUUUGAACUAAUCAGGUGUUUGCUUUAUCGAGAUUAAUACGAAGACCGGUUGAUGGCGGAAAAAGAUCGAUAUACGUGGCGUCAAUAUCUCAUUCGCCGAACGGAUGCAAGGGAAUUCCGAUGUUUCGCAACAACUGUCUGUUGACAGAAUUGAGAAUCGUACAAGCCAUCAACACGCUAUUACGACGGUUACAAUCACGAGCGGUAAUAAGCGACGUUAUUUCGCGCAUAUGCGCGAAUUAACGAACGACGAACGAUCGGUCGAAUCGGUCGAGAAGAGGAACGAGGGAAGAGGAGAAGACAAUUGCAAAUUCGUUGAGCCGAGGCGAGAACCCGUGCUCCCAACGUGCUCGCGCGGAUCAACAAGCUUACGCGUUAACGACAUUUGCUUCGCAGCAAGAUAUCUUGGGAUCAAGUAUGGUGGACAAUCCAUUAAUCUACUGGACGCGUCUUCAAGAGGCGUUUUCCUUUCUUUUCGGAGCACGAUCGGAUAUUCACGCGCCACGAUUACAUCCUUCUCGAAAAAGACGGGAAAACGCAGAAAACGACGAAACGAAACAAUGAUACGUUUGCUAAUAUUUGAUUAUACGCAUACGCGUUUGAUUAUAACAUUUGAUUAUAUUGACAUACGCAUUUCGUGCGACGUUACGCCCGACCGUUAAUCCACGUUUACCUUGGUUCUUAUCGAAUAUCGUGACACCUGUCAAGCCGUCAAUUAACGCGUGUUGCUUAUUUUUCUCGAUCGUUACGAUCGUGACCUGCGAAUCUAGCACGUGGACACGCGCUCGCACGAUGAUCGCCGACUUUCAACGUCGUCGAGGUUCAGACAUCGAUAUGACGUACCCGAAAUUUGCGCGCCCUCGAGUCUCUCGAGUCAGGACCUAUUCCAGAGGAAUCUAAUAAAAAAAGGGAAAGGAGAGAGAGAAGGGGACUCUUGGAACGAGCUCUUGGUCUCGAGGGCACGACGUUUUGCUUUAAAAGCGUUGCCCCUCCGCGUCGGGACUCGGCAAUGUGCCCGACAAAGAGAAAGAGAGAAAGAAAGAAAGAGAAAAACAGAAAUAGUGACGAAGACGGGCGGCUUCGAAAGAGGGAGACGCAUCGGAACGCAAUGCGAAAGGGUUCGUCGAGGAGGACAGGGCGGACGGAGGAGGAAAGCGCCGCGUCGGAGGGCGUCGUGGAGGGGAUUGACGCCGGAGGAUCGGUGGGGAAGUGCGGCGCGUAUUGAUGAGCGAGACAGAACGGAGAACCGGAGAGCCAGGAAGGCGCGAGCAGGAGAGAGAGAAAGGACCGGCCUACGACCGUCUGGGAGGGAAAGGAGAGAAGGGGAUGCUUUUCGGGCUUUUUAGCGACAUCCGUGCGCCGUCCGUUCAGUUCCCGCCUGACUUGCGGCUUGUGCGUACGUUGGGUUCUUGAUUUCCUCACGGAAUUUUCACUCGAAGCAAAAAACAGAAAAAGAACAAAAGAAAGCGAGAAUAGAUAGGGACCGUUAUUCAGGAUCUGGAACGCGCCCUUCCUCCUCCACCAGGCGGAGAUUCCUGUGGAGGUCCUUGGAGCAAACCAAAGGCGGUGUGUGCGAUCGUUUUUUCUAAGAGAGCGAUUAAAAUUGUGAAACAUUCGAGUUGUUGGUUAAGAAAUUAUAUUGUCGAUUAACUAAGUUGAACAGUGUCGUUGAACGCAGUCGCAAAUUGUGUGUCGUUCCUUGUGAACAUCUUGGGAGAGUACAACUUGCUAGGACCCGCGGUUCCCGUUUCGGAGUAAACGAGAAAGGAGAUCAACCAGUGCGAUCCGAUUGAUGUAACUGACGAUAAUUGACGGUGAUCGAUACUCGGAAAUUGGAAAUCGGUAAUUGGACAAACGAGGCUGCACGCAACUAUAUUUUCGGAACAAACUGCAUAUCUUGGAGGCGAUCUUAUUCUGCGCUUUCAGAUAACAACUAUGAGUUCCGAGCCGUGGACCUUGCCUCCGAAGCAAGGUCUGUACGACCCUACCCUCGAACGAGAGGCAUGUGGCGUCGGUUUUAUCGUCGCCAUUGAUGGAAAAAGGUCACAUAAGAUCGUCCGAGAUGCUCAGAUAUUGUCGGCGCGAAUGAAUCAUAGGGGGGCAUGCGCCUGCGAUAACGACACUGGUGACGGUGCCGGUGUGCUUUGCGCAAUACCGCACGAUUACUAUGCCAAUGAAAUUCGCGAGCAGCAGAAUAUCGAACUACCCGAUUUUGGACGAUACGCAAGCGGUAUCUUGUUCCUUGACAAGAAUACCCACAAGGAGGCGGAGGCCGCUUUCGUGAAGCUGGCUAAGGAAUGCAAUUUGAGAGUACUUUGUUGGCGCGAUGUUCCCACCGACAGUACCCAGAUUGGUCAAGUGGCGAAAAAAUGCGAACCGUAUAUGCGUCAGGUGUUCGUUACGGGUGAUCAAGAUGCGGAAACGCUUAAACGACAAGUGUUCGUGUUGAGGAAACGAUCCUCGCACUCGAUACCACGGCCAGGAUUGCGAUACUACAUCUGCUCAUUGUCGUUGAAAACGAUCGUCUACAAAGGCCAACUCACCGCUGAUCAGCUAUGGCUGUACUUCACGGAUUUGAAGUCCCCCAAAUUCGAGACCUAUCUGGCACUGGUGCAUACGCGUUUCUCCACGAACACGUUUCCGAGCUGGGAAAGAGCGCAUCCUCUCCGGUUUCUCGCUCACAACGGCGAAAUUAAUACUCUGCGCGGUAAUGUGAACUUCAUGAAGGCGCGAGAGGGUGUGAUGAGCAGUCAGAUAUACGGCGAUCAGCUGAAGCAGCUCUAUCCGGUCGUGGAGCCAAAUCUCUCUGACUCGGGAUCGGCAGACUGUGUGCUUGAAUUUUUGGUGAUGGCAGGACAACGCUCUUUGCCCGAGGCUGUCAUGACGAUGGUGCCGGAGGCUUGGCAGAACGACUUGACAAUGGCGACCGAGAAACGCGACUUCUACCACUGGGCAGCCUGCGCCAUGGAACCCUGGGACGGACCGGCCCUGCUGACCUUCACCGACGGCCGCUACGUCGGCGCUAUCUUGGACAGAAACGGCCUGCGCCCGUCGCGCUUCUACGUCACUAAGGAUAACAUGAUGGUGAUGGCGUCCGAAGUGGGCGUCUAUGAUACUCCGCCCAGCAAUGUAGUCCUGAAGAGUCGCUUGAAGCCCGGCCGAAUGCUUCUCGUUGACACCGAAGAGAAGAAGAUCAUACAAGACGUCGAGCUGAAGAUGCAAAUCGCUCGAAGCAGGCCCCAUUCCAAGUGGCUCAAGGAACAGAGGAUUACUAUCGACGAAUUGCGCGCAGCACACAAUCGCAACAAGGAAGUGAUCGAGAACGGUUUGUCCACCGAAAUGGAAAUCGCGAAGAAGAACGCCAUGAACGACGUAAGCGAGAUCUCAGCCGUGAAUAAAGUCUGGAGUGGCGAUAAACGGCUCUCCCUUUACGGUUACACCUUAGAGACCAUCAAUUUGCUGCUAUUGCCCAUGAUACAAACCAAAAAAGAAGCACUAGGUUCCAUGGGCAACGAUGCUCCUCUGGCGUGUUUGUCAGAAUUUCAACCAUUAUUGUACGACUAUUUCAAGCAACUAUUCGCGCAGGUGACGAAUCCACCGAUUGAUCCGUUCCGUGAGAAGAUCGUCAUGUCAAUGUUGUGUCCGAUCGGGCCCGAGAGUAACAUCCUGGAGCCGAACGAACUGCAAGUACAUCGCUUGUUCCUACCGCAACCGAUAUUGUCGCUAAGUGAUCUUGAGGUUCUUAAGCACACGACUCAUCGCGGCUGGAAAACAAAAGUGAUCGAUAUCACUUAUCCCGUUGAGGAUGGGCCUGGUGGAUUGCUGAAGACACUGGAUCGUGUCAACAAUGAAGCUAAUGCGGCCGCCAGGAACGAUUACCAGCUGCUCGUAUUGUCCGACCGGCAAAGUGGUCCAUCAAGAGUGCCGGUUAGCAGUCUGUUGGCCUUGGGUGCCGUACAUCAUCAUUUGAUCGAGGAGAGACAACGAAUGAAAGUCGGUCUGAUUUUGGAAAUCGCGGAGGCUCGAGAAGUUCAUCAUAUCUGCGUGUUGCUCGGUUACGGAGCGGACGCUAUAUGCCCUUACUUAGUAUUCGAAAUGGCAAAAAAUCUCAGGGCGGACCGCGUCUUCGAUGAGAGCUUCACCGACGACGUUAUCUACAAGAAUUAUGCGGACGCUAUGGAACGAGGAAUCGCGAAAGUGAUGGCGAAGAUGGGAAUCUCGACUCUGCAGUCUUACAAAGGAGCACAGAUAUUCGAAGCAGUUGGAUUGGCCGAUGAAGUCAUAGACAAGUGCUUCAAGGGCACUCAGUCUCGCAUUGACGGCGUAACGUUCGAUAUUCUAGGCAAGGAGGCGUUCGAAAGACAUCAGAUUACGUACUGGGAUAAACCUAUGGAUAUGUUAGUAAUUCGUAAUCCGGGAAUUUAUCACUGGCGAUCGGGUGGCGAGAAACAUAUCAAUGAUCCUGCCAGCAUUGCUAGUUUACAGGACUACGUCGUCUCCAAGAUUAACUCAGCUUACGAAAACUAUCGCAAGACCACGAUGGAAGUGGUAAAAGCUUGCACUCUGCGCGGUCAACUCGAGCUGAAGAAAUCGCGCGACCCAAUUUCUAUCGCAGAUGUCGAAUCCGCUGCAGAAAUCGUGAAGCGCUUUGCGACUGGCGCGAUGAGUUUCGGCAGUAUUUCCAUGGAAGCACACUCUACCUUGGCGAUUGCCAUGAAUCGCAUUGGUGGCAAGUCGAACACUGGCGAGGGUGGUGAAAAUGCGGACAGAUAUUUGAAUCAAGAUCCGGAAUUCAGCAAGCGCUCAUCUAUCAAACAGGUGGCGAGCGGCCGGUUCGGCGUGACCGCUAGCUACCUGGCGAAUGCAGAUGAUCUUCAGAUCAAGAUGGCACAGGGCGCGAAGCCCGGUGAGGGUGGCGAGCUGCCGGGUUAUAAGGUUACCGCGGAGAUUGCCGCUACUAGGCACUCGGUGCCCGGAGUGGGUUUGAUUUCGCCACCACCGCAUCACGAUAUCUACUCAAUUGAGGACCUGGCCGAGCUGAUCUACGAUCUGAAAUGCGCGAAUCCGUACGCGCGCAUCUCCGUCAAGCUCGUGUCCGAAGUCGGAGUGGGCGUAGUUGCAGCUGGCGUUGCCAAGGGCAAGGGUGAGCACGUAGUGAUAUCCGGCCACGAUGGCGGCACCGGCGCCAGCAGCUGGACCGGCAUCAAGUCCGCUGGACUACCCUGGGAGUUGGGCAUCGCCGAGACACAUCAGGUUUUGACUCUAAACAACUUGCGAUCGCGCAUGAUCGUUCAAGCGGAUGGCCAGAUGCGCACAGGCUUCGACAUCGUGGUGGCGGCGCUCCUCGGUGCAGACGAGUUCGGCUUCAGCACCGCCCCAUUGAUCGCCAUGGGCUGCACGAUGAUGCGAAAGUGUCACCUAAAUACCUGCCCAGUGGGCAUCGCCACGCAGGAUCCGAUUCUGAGGAAAAAGUUUGAGGGCAAGCCAGAGCACGUAAUUAAUUUCUUCUUCGCGCUGGCCGAAGAGGUACGUAUGCACAUGGCCAACUUGGGCAUCCGCAAGUUUCAGGAUCUAAUUGGACGUACGGAUCUCCUUAAAAUACGCGAUGACAUUACCAUCGAAAAAGCUAAGACUCUUAAUCUUAACAAUGUUCUACGAAACGCGCUAGAUUUAAGACCUGGCGUAAACAUUAGGGGUGGCACUAUGAAACAGGACUUCCAAUUGGAGAACAGACUUGACAAUAAACUAAUCGAACUAGCCGAGCCGGUUUUGAACGGCGAAAAGAAUCGUAUCGACAUCGAAAUGAACAUAAACAACGAGUGUCGAGCGUUCGCAUCAACGCUGAGUUAUCACGUAGCCAAGCGAUUCGGAGAGGCUGGAUUACCCGAGCAUAGUAUCAAUAUUAAAAUGCAAGGCUCUGCAGGACAAAGUUUCUGCGCUUUCAUGACGAAAGGUAUUCACGUCAGUCUCGAAGGCGAUGCCAACGAUUACGUUGGCAAGGGUCUCUGCGGAGGUGAAAUCGUCAUAUAUCCGCCGAAGGAUUCAGAAUUUAAUUCGGAGGCGAACGUGAUUGUCGGGAACGUCUGUCUUUACGGUGCGACUUCCGGGAAGGCCUACUUCCGCGGCAUCGCCGCCGAGAGAUUCAGCGUGCGCAACAGCGGUGCGAUUGUUGUCGUAGAGGGUGUGGGUGAUCAUGGCUGUGAGUAUAUGACCGGCGGUUGCGCCUUAAUCCUUGGUCUUACUGGCAGAAACUUCGCUGCCGGCAUGUCUGGCGGAAUCGCAUACGUCUUGGACGUGGAUGGCUCUUUCAAGAGCAAGUGUAACCCUGAAAUGGUGGAGCUGCUACCGCUCAACAAACCUGAUGAGAUCGCUUACGUAAAGCAGCUGCUGGAGGAGUUCAUUGAAAAGACCGGUUCCUUGAUCGCGCAGGAUUUACUCGCUACCUGGCCGGAACCGACCACGAGAUUCGUCAAAGUAUUCCCAUACGAGUAUCAACGUGCCCUCAAGCAACUGGAAGAAGCGAAGCAAGAAACACCCAACAUGAUUAAUGGUAACGCGCAAGUAACGAAUGGCAAGAUCAAGGAUAUAGAGGACGCGAUUGAGGAUGCGGACAUGGCGCAGCGAAAGUUAGACAAAAUCAGAGGUUUCAUGAAAUACUCGCGGCAGAAGGCCAUGUACAGACCAGCCGAGAAGCGUAUAGAGGACUGGGACGAGAUAUACAACUUCCAGGGUGUCAGGAAGACCCUGCGGGUACAGGCAGCAAGAUGUAUGGAGUGCGGUGUGCCGUUCUGUCAGAGCAGUCACGGUUGCCCGCUGGGCAACAUUAUCCCAAAAUGGAACGAUCUUGUGUUUCAUCAGAACUGGAAGGAAGCUCUGAAUCAGUUGCUACAAACUAAUAAUUUCCCUGAGUUCACUGGAAGAGUCUGUCCCGCACCUUGCGAGGGUGCUUGCGUCCUAGGAAUCUCCGAACCGCCAGUGACAAUCAAGAACAUCGAGUGCGCGAUAAUCGAUCACGCGUUUGAACAAGGUUGGAUCGUUCCCCAUCCGCCAACGAGAAGAACCGGACGAAAAGUUGCCGUGGUAGGAUCCGGUCCCGCAGGAUUGGCAGCUGCUCAUCAGCUGAACAAAGCGGGUCACUCGGUGACCGUAUUCGAAAGAAACGACAGGAUCGGCGGGUUGCUACAGUACGGUAUACCGACGAUGAAGCUGUCCAAACAGGUAGUGCAAAGAAGAAUCUCUCUACUCGCCGCGGAGGGUAUCAUCUUCAGAACAGGAGUCAAUGUCGGCAAGGACGUUACAGCGCAAGAACUUCGGGAAGAGUACGACGCAGUAUUAUUAAGUACAGGUGCGACAUGGCCGCGAGAUCUGCCAAUUCCUGGCCGACAACUGGAGGGAAUUCACUUUGCCGUGAGCUUCCUGGAGCAUUGGCAGAAGAGACAAAUGGGUAAUACGGCACCCCUUGACAUGCGACUGAUAGCUAAGAACAAGGACGUCGUUAUCAUAGGAGGUGGUGACACCGGAUGCGAUUGUAUAGCGACUUCGUUGCGUCAGGGCGCGAAGACAAUCACGACUUUCGAGAUCCUGCCCGAACCACCAGAGCGAAGGGGCAAGGAUAAUCCGUGGCCUCAAUUCCCACGAGUGUUCAAGGUCGAUUACGGCCAUGAGGAAGUGUCUUUAAAAUUUGGCCGGGACCCGCGCAGAUACAGUACACUGAGCAAGGAAUUUCUUGACGACGGAAAAGGCCACGUCCGUGGCAUCAAGACGGUGACCGUGGAAUGGCGAAAGGACGAGAACGGCCGAUGGAAAAUGGAUGAAGUGCCGAAUUCAGAAAAGGUAUAUAAAUGUGAUUUGGUGCUGCUCGCCAUGGGUUUCCUCGGACCUGAGAAGUACAUCGCCACGGAGCUGAAUGCUGAAUUGGACGAGAGAGGGAACUACAAGACUCCAGGCGGGAAAUAUUGCACCAGUUUGCCUGGAGUAUUCGCGGCAGGCGAUUGCAGACGUGGACAGUCCCUUGUGGUAUGGGCGAUUGCAGAGGGCCGAUUGGCCGCGAAAGAGAUCGAUUUGGCCUUGAUGGGAGAAACUGGCCUUCCCGGAAGCGGUGGUGUCAUAAUCGGUGUCAGCGCUUAA